AUGAAGGAAAAGUCCAAGAAUGCAGCGAAAACUAGACGAGAAAAAGAAAAUGGAGAGUUUUAUGAACUGGCGAAAUUAUUGCCUCUGCCUUCGGCCAUCACGUCUCAAUUGGAUAAGGCUUCCAUUAUUCGACUGACAACAAGUUACCUGAAGAUGAGAGCUGUAUUUCCAGAUGGCCUUGGAGAGGCAUGGGGACAACCCUCUCGCAUCAGCCCUUUAGACAGCAUGGCCAAGGAGUUGGGCUCUCAUCUACUUCAGACUCUGGACGGAUUUGUGUUUGUUGUUGCUUCCGAUGGCAAAAUCAUGUACAUCUCCGAAACUGCCUCAGUUCAUUUGGGCUUAUCACAGGUGGAGCUGACUGGGAAUAGUAUAUUUGAGUACAUCCAUCCAUCCGACCACGACGAGAUGACUGCAGUCCUGACUGCUCACCAACCUCUACACCCUCACUUCCUGCAAGAAUAUGAGAUGGAGCGUUCCUUCUUCUUGAGGAUGAAGUGUGUGUUGGCCAAACGCAAUGCAGGACUAACCUGUGGAGGCUAUAAGGUAAUUCACUGCAGUGGAUAUCUGAAAAUCAGGCAGUAUGUAAUGGACAUGACACUGUACGACUCCUGCUAUCAAAUUGUGGGUUUGGUGGCGGUGGGUCACUCCCUCCCCCCCAGUGGCAUCACCGAGAUCAAACUCCACAGCAACAUGUUCAUGUUCCGAGCCAGCCUGGACCUCAAACUCAUCUUUCUGGACAGCAGGGUCGCCGAGUUGACUGGUUAUGAACCUCAGGAUCUGAUUGAGAAAACCCUUUACCACCACGUGCACGGUUGCGAUGUGUUCCACCUGAGAUAUUCCCACCACCUCCUACUGGUGAAGGGCCAAGUCACCACGAAAUACUACCGAAUGCUAUCCAAGCAUGGAGGUUGGGUGUGGGUCCAGAGCUACGCUACCAUAGUUCACAACAGUCGGUCCUCACGGCCUCACUGUAUCGUCAGCGUUAACUACGUGCUCACGGAGAUUGAGUACAAAGAGCUCCAGCUCUCUCAGGACCAGAACCGAGCCACCAAGCCAAGCCUGGCCUACAAGAACACACUCGCUUCCACUCAGGAUUCCCGCAAACAACUCAAAACCAAAGGGACCAAGAUCAAAGCCAGGCUCAAAAUGUCUCCCUACCCUCAGCCUUCCUUUCAUACCGAAAAGCUAGAGUGCUCCGCUCAGACUAGCAUGUGGAAAGAAAGUCCUCCAUACAGCCUGACGUCCUGCCAGGAACAGAACUCCCUACCAGAGACGGGGGAGGUGCUGUGUACUCCUCCAUAUGGCUUACCUUUCCCUUAUCCCUAUGGACAUCUCUCCCCCGAUGGCCACACGCUGGCUGCGAGGAAGCUGCGACAGACCCAAGGCUCCCCCAGCCAGACCACUCGCCAGCUGCUGAACUCUCUGCAAGUUAGGGGAGAAAGCCACUGGAGCUGCUCCAGCCCCUGUUCAGCGCACCUUCCCAAAAACCCGCCCAACCACCAUCCCCUGAGCCCUGCACCCACACCCUCCAACAACACGUACCCAGGUCCCACUGCAAGCAGAAGAUACGUCCACGAACCCGUACAUGAGGCCUUUUCCAGCUGCUCCACGUCCAGACCCAGCAGUGGGUUUAAAGAGGAGCCGUACGAACACGCCACGCUGGGCCAGGAGAGGACAGAGGGCCGACUGCAUACCCCUCAACAGGUCACUAAAGAGGACAGCAAAAUGCAGUUUAUCCAUGAGCACAGGGAAGUUCUGAACUGUGGGGAGAAGGCCGUGGCCCGUCCCGUGUUAAGCGGAGCCGUUCUGAGCAAAGGGAGCUGCGAGCGGCCCGUCCGGCCCUUCCAUAACCUGGGCCAGCACUUCCCCAUGCAGGUGGUGCUGGAACAAAGGCGGAGGCUGUGCAUGAUGGAGGCUCACCGGCCGGACCCGUCGGGCCAGGAGCAGACGGACAGCAACGGGGAGCGCGGGAGCCCGAAGCUGAUGGAACAGGGAGGGGGUGCGGAUGACAGGAGGAUGUUUAUGGGUAUGGGUCUGCCUGGACAGGCCCCAUAUGUGUCUUUGAACUUCCACCACGUCCUGGCCAAGCACGGUUCCUUCCAGGGCCCGGCAUACACGCUGGGUCAUUUAACGGACAAUUACAGCUACCGGGGGGAGGAAAUCAACCCUUACCUCUACAAAAACCAAAGUCCCGCCUCCAGCUCCUCCCCAGAGAGCCACAGAGAGAUCCCCCAUUACAUCGGCACGUCCGUCAUUAUAACAAACGAGAGAUGA